UGGAUCCUUCCAGACUUUACCGGUCACAACCACGGACUGUGUUUAUAACACCACCACGCCUGCGGUGACGUCUGUUUUCCUGGCGUUAUCGUUUGCGUGAUUGUCGUGGGAGGAGCGUGCGUGACACAUCACAAACUUGAUGAAAACAGACAGCUCCGCGGCUAACAGGCAGAGCUGCUCUGGUCCGUGGGGAGCCUGUCGUCGGAGAGCCGCAGAGGAGAUCUCAAUCAACCUGGGGUGUUUGAGAUAACACUGCUGCCUCCUGUUAUAACACAACAGACCGAAGAAAACGAGAUCUGGUUGGUUGGUAUCACUGUCAGCUGUAGAGGAUGGAGUUUCCAGAUUUAGGGGAGCACUGCUCUGAGAAGACCUGCAAACGUUUAGACUUCCUCCCCAUGAAAUGUGACGCCUGUCAAGAGAUUUUCUGCAAGGACCACAUAACUUAUGCACACCACAAAUGCAUGUCGUCCUACAAAAAGGAUAUCCAGGUCCCAGUAUGUCCCCUGUGCAACACUCCUAUUCCCAUCAAGCGAGGAGAGAUGCCCGACAUCAAAGUCGGCGAGCACAUUGAUCGGGAUUGUAAAUCAGACCCUGCGCAGAGAAAGAGAAAGAUUUUCACAAAUAAAUGCUCUCAAGGAGGCUGUAAGCAGAAGGAGAUGAUACGAGUGACCUGCGAUCAGUGUCACUUAAACUACUGUCUUAAACACCGGAACCCGCUCGACCAUGAUUGUAAGACUGAUGGGAAACCUUUGUCCAAAGCAGGACAUGCUGCUGCAAUGAGAGCCCACGGUGCUUCCUCCGCCUCUGCCUCUAGUUCUUCAUCCACUUCAGGGAACUCUAGACCCGUUUCUAGACCCGUUUCUAGGCCCGUUUCUAAUGGUGUGACUGCCAACAGCAGAAGCCACAACAGUGGCCCCACCCAGCGGAUCCCUACUUCCGUUUCAGCACAUAAUGUAAUUCCACCAUCAGCAUCCUUUCAGGCCGGCAUGACGGAGGAGCAGGCUUUGCAAAGGGCUCUGGAGAUGUCUUUGGCUGAAUCGAGGCCGACGGUUCAGCCGGAACUCAGCCGUCAGGAGCAGGAGGAUCUGGCUCUCGCUCAGGCUCUCGCUGCCAGCGAAGAAGAGUACAGACGCCAGCAGCAGAGACAACAGGUACCGGGAAAGCUUAGCCGUCAGUAGCAAUGCUAACAGGAGCGCAUGGAGGGGAGAGAGUCCAGACAGUCCAACUGCAGCCUUUCUUAAUCUUCCACCACCGGUUAGACUCCAAGCCGUGCUAAUUAAAACGACUAGCAACCGCACAUCCAGGAUGUCAGUAUCCGGGAUCAAUGAUUGUUCAAUGAAGACAUAACUCCUGGAAGUUUGCUGAGAUAUUACCGCCUUCUACAAUAUAAGCACAUACUUUCCCAGCAGGAUCUGUUAUUUUUACUAAUGGUUUGCUCUGUACAUAUUUUAUAUGCUGAUCACGAUGAAGCUGUUCUAUUACCAUAUAUGAAUAUUGAAUAAAUUAUUUCAAAGACGCA